UCGCCUCGCUCUUCUCUGCGCUCGCCUCCGUCUCUCCAUCCGAUCGUGCGUCCAUCUGUCCAUCUGUUCGUCCGACCGCCGGUCCCCAGCCGCCCGCGCCAUGGACGCCAAGGUCUUCGCCGUGCUGGCCCUCGUGCUGGCUGCGCUCUGCCUCGGAGACGGGAAGCCCGUCAGCCUCAGCUACAGAUGUCCCUGCCGCUUCUUUGAGAGCCAUGUGGCCAGAGCCAACGUCAAGCACCUCAAAAUCCUCAACACUCCCAACUGCUCCCUUCAGAUUGUCGCCAGGCUGAAGAGCAACAACAGGCAGGUGUGCAUCGACCCAAAGCUGAAGUGGAUCCAGGAGUACCUGGAGAAGGCUUUAAACAAGAGGUUCAAGAUGUGAGAGGUGGGUGAGACGCCUGCGAACCUCACAGGAGCCCAGGCCUGCAGUCAGUGUUAGGGAGGGGCCGGCAUCCCGCUCCUGGGCAGGGCCGGACAUGGGGCUAAGGGCUUCGUUUGCACAGCUCCCCUUCCCUCGCCAUUGAUUCUGUAGCAGAACUCAUGGUGUUUAUUUCUCAUUUAGUUUGAUAAUCCAGUGUUAUUGUGGCAGAUAGGCUCUUGAGCUAAGGCCAUUAUGUUAUUUGCUUUAUUAUAAUAUCUCUCCCGUGGAGCCCCCCUGUGAGUUUUGUAUUCUAGUUGAGAUGGGAGGUUCACCCCCUGUCCCAGCAGAUGGGCCUGCCUCCUCCCCCAGAUAGUGAACAGCAGGGCUCCCCAGGCUGAGCAAGCCAGGCCGGGGCAGAGACCAACCCUCCUGCUGCUCCCUCCACCAUCGCUGUGCUCCUCAUUCUGUGUCUCAUGCAUCCAUCCAUCCAUCGUCCGUCCUGUGUCUCCAGAUUGUCUCCGUCACCCUGAAAAGGACGCUCUCCAGACAAAAGCUUUCAUUCCCACUGGGCACCGAGAGGGAAGCAAAGUGCCCAAGAAACACUGUAUGCGCCUCUGUCUCAUGCGGAACACUGUCCGUCUGCCUCUGUGUCCCCACUCACAGCCAGUGUCCCCCCGCCCCCCAUGACCCCUGUCUUUGUGCAUGACUGCCCCUCGCUGGUAUGCAGAGGCUGAGCAUGGGGAGAUGUCUGAGGGCCUCUACCCAGUUCCUAGUGCAGACUGUGGCCAAUGAGAGCAGCCUCAGUUUCCCCAUGGGACCAGCAGACAGAGCCUGAGGGAAUAUGGGCCACAGGAGCACUGACCCCAGCCCUGCCAAACUUCACUGCUGCUGUUGUCUGGACUGCAGAGUUCUGGUUCAGCAUUGUUUGGGGAGUAACAAGAAUUCUCCACCUUCUUUUAUUAUUUUCAGGAUACAACCUGCAGCAGAGUCAGUCCCAGAGUGAAGACUCCUCCUCAAUUAAUAUUUGACCUCACCCCCUUGCAAGGUUGUCCUUUUCUCUUACACGCAUGGUCCCCCAUCCCCGGCAGGGCAGGUAUUCCGUCAGGAAAGGAGCAGAAGUCCCGGGACCCAGAGUGUUGCCCUCUGCCUGAGAGCAGUCUGCAUGCAACGCUGCUCAAAAUGGGCAUGCGACGCUCCCUGUCUGCUUUCCCUGCAUUCGGUGUCCCCAGUCCUAAUGGGAGACACCAGUAAAGUUCUUUGAAUGGAGAAGGUGCAGAAAGGAAGAGCAACUCCUCAGCUGUAAGUGUUUGCAAUUUCAUCAUUUAUUACCAGUAAUAUGCACCAGGCAUUUCCAUAAAUUGACACUAAAGAGCAGAAGGCAAAUCCACCCACCAAAAGUUGCCCCUAAUUUAAACAAGAAUUAAAAUUCUCAAACCAGCCGAGUUAAAUUGAAAAAGGAAGGAGUUUGGGGGAGGUUUAUUAGUUCCCAGGAUGAGAACUAAUUUCAAAACCAUCUUUUGAAAUUGACCCAUCACUACAGUGAUUCUGAGCUAUCCAUGAAAUGACCAAAUUUUGGUGGACGGCUGCUGUUCAGGUAACCUGAGGUAUUUUCUUUUCUUGGAAUCCAUGACCCAAGAUCAUCCAGUCAAACCUCUUGCUCCCAGGAACUAGUGUGAGUCCAGAUCCAGCUGCAGUGAAGCAAUAACCUCUGUGUCUCCUCCCCAGGGGACAGCAGAUCAGAGCGGAGAUGGCAGAGGCACCAUUUGUGUGACAAUUCAUCUCCCCCUGAGGAUCUGCUUCUGCAUGGAGACUGACUGGCUGUAGCCAAUCAGCAUGUGAAUAGUCCAUUUGCAAAGCAAAAGUCUCCCCAUUCUAAUCCCUUUGCUUUAGAGUCAAGUGCACAGCACUAGGGAGCUGUGACGGGGGACACUGGCUGUCCCUGCAUUCCCUUGGCUCUGUGACCUGUGCUCCUCAGCUGCCAGCCUUUGCACCAGAUGGGAGGGGGCUGGGGGUGUGUUGUGUGUGGGCGUCCAAAUCUGUGCCUUUUGUCCUUUACACCACUGUCUAUCUUCGUCUGCCAGCCACUGAGACACCAGUGAGGGUAUAUGCAUCCUGGGAGAGGAAGAAGGCUCAGCUUUGAAGAGCAGAGUUUGUCUGUGUGUCAGGAGUUCAGAGACCUGAGCCCCGUCCCAAGAACCCUAUGUUCACCUCCAUGGUGCAAUUUUGUCUCUGGUUUUUCACCCAUUAGGGGCUUCCAACCUGGGAACUGAGCACCUUUCCUAGAGGGUGGGCCCCCAAUUCCUCUAUGUAAUUUCCCUGACCAUUCUGAAGGAAGCCCACCCCAGAAAGGCUCCCAGAAACCUCCAGAUCCCCCAGGCCGACUGUGGUGUUGCCAGGUCGCAGUCCGCAGCCUCGCUGAGCUCUCUGUGGCUGAGCAGGGAUGGGUUCCAUGUUCAAUGUGACGAAUACUGUAUUUGUGUUGUCCAUCGCAUCUCCCGAUAAUGUGAAGCUGGCCCAGGAGAAGGCGUCCCUGUGCAAAAUGUGUGCUUUUUUUUUUUUUUUUUUUAAAAUAAGUAACAAGUCUUUGAGAAGCAGCAAUUUACUUUAAAGUCAUAUCAGUUUGAAAGUUGUAUGUGCACUUAACAUUUUCCUAAUAAAAAUAUUCAGAUGGAACCAU